UUUCUUGCAAAUGUCAAAACGUCGUUUUUGAGGUUAUGUGCAGAGAAAUCUUUGAGGUUAGGAAUUCCCGGAAAAGUAAACAAAACAAUGAGUGGAGCGGCAAUUUCUGUCCCCCUGGAAGCCUGUCGGGGAUGUCUGAGGCCAGGAAAGUGUUACAAUUUGUUCGGGAAAGAUGAUUUAUUUGAGAAAUUCAAAUUCUGCACGCAAUUGAAGGUUGAGAAGAAUGAUGGGAUGUCUUGUUUUCUCUGCCAACUGUGCUUCUCUCAUCUGGAAGUAUCGUACAACUUUAAGCAGAUGUGCAGAGAAACUCACGGAGUGUUGAAGGGACUUCUCCAGAAGCAGAGAAAUGGGGAGAUUCAGGGGCGAGAAGCUUCUGAAAUGCCAGAAAUUGAAGGAAAAAGGGAGUCUGAUGAGGAGGAAGAAAACCAAAAGACUGAUGAGAAUGAUUUUGAGGAGGAUAUGAUACAGGAAGAUCCGGAGAUUGAUGAGGAAGUUGAAGAGAUUGACGAGGAAAUCGAAGAAAUUGAAGAGGAAGCAAAACAGACUGAAAAGAGAGUGAAACAGACGGAAGAGAACAAAGAGAAACUUCCGGAAAUCCCUUCAGAAGCUUCAGAACAGCCCCAAAAAUACCAAGAAAACCGCCUGGAAUGUUCUCUGUGCGGCAAAAAGUACUCCUGCCCACAAGCACUGAAGCUGCACACGGAAAAUACCCACAGAGGCGUCAAGAGAUUCUCCUGCAGCAUCUGCAGCAUGCGCUUCACGCAAAAACACUCCCUUCAGAGUCACACAAUGUGCCAUACGAAUGAGCGCCCCUUUUGCUGUGCCAUCUGCAAGAAGGGCUUCCGCCGGAAGACAACACUGCAGAUGCACAUGAACUGCCACACUGGAGAGACUCCCUACACGUGCUCCCAAUGUGGCGUCGGCUUCCGCACAACGACAGCACUGCGGAAUCACGGACACAACCUCCGAUGCCCCAUCUGCAGCAAAAGCUUCCAGAUGAUUCCCUCCCUGCAGGCUCACAUUCAGCGUCACAAGCAGACAGAUGGUGGAGCAGGACCAGGGCUGAAGCUCAAAGUGAAGCACAUCUGUAGUGAAUGUGGGAAGUCCUACGCUUGCCGGGCUGUUCUGGAGGCUCAUCGGGUCAUCCACACGGGUGAGAAGCCCUUCAAGUGCACUCAAUGCGACAAAGCCUUCCCCCUUUUAGCUUCCCUCAAGGUCCACAUGCGCAACAAGCAUCCAAACAGCCGGCUCUUUGUCUGUGACAUCUGUGGGAUGAACUUUGGGGAUUCCGGGAAGCUCAUGAGGCACAAAACAACCCACAUAAUAAAGGAUAAAGAUGUGGGAUGAAAUUAACAAGAAAUUAAGAAAUUUUUGAUCUCAUGUUAAUUAAAUAAAAUUCUUUAAUUUAAUGUUAAAAAA